AUGUCCGGCACAGGUGAUCGUAUCAAUAUCUUCCCAUCGAGAAUGGCAUUGGCAGCAAUGAAAUCUCGACUAAAUGGAGCACAAAAGGGACAUCGUUUGUUGAAGAAAAAAUCAGACGCGCUGACGCUUCGUUUUCGCACAAUCCUGAAGAAAAUCAUAGAAGCGAAGCAAAUGAUGGGUGACGUGAUGAAAGAAGCGAUAUUUUCCCUUGCUAGCGUGAAGUUUACAACUGCUGCAAACAUAAACAAUCUGGUACUCCAAAAUGUCACGCGAGCUCAACGGAAAGUAAAAAUUGGAAAGGACAAUGUGGCAGGGGUUCAGCUACCCGUUUUCAAGACUCACUGUGAAGGCUCCGAUGCUUACGAACUGACCGGACUCUCGGGUGGGGGACAACAAAUUGAUCGUCUCAAAAAAAACUAUGCGAAAGCUGUGGAACUGCUGGUCGAGCUAGCCUCACUUCAGACCUCUUUCAUUACUUUGGACGAGGUAAUCAAAGCAACUAACCGUCGUGUGAAUGCCAUAGAGCACGUGGUCAUACCGCGAAUUUCUCGAACUUUGAGCUACAUCACUCAGGAACUGGAUGAACGCGAACGAGAGGAGUUCUUCAGGUUGAAAAAGGUUCAAGAAAAGAAAAAGCGUAACACCGCUUUGAAAGAACAAGAGCUAAAGGCGAAAGGCUUCGUGUUGGCCGAGGCUGAUCAAGCUCCAAACAUCCUCACUGCCAAUGCGGAUGAAGAUCAGAUUUUGUUCUGAGACACAUUCCCUUAUCACUCAAAUGCAUAAUACGGUUUUCUUCACAUUAUUACUAGCUGUUCUGCGAUCAAGUGACAUGAUUUCACAGUGAUCUUCGUUGCUUACUUUCAAUACACAUAUGAAC